UCCUACAUGACUUUCCAUUUUAUAUCCUCCGAUCCAGAUCAGAUUUCAUUUCAUUUUCAAUUCACUGCAUUAACAUAUACAACUAACAACAUUAUAUCACAGAAUUAAAAUGAAAGUCACCAUUGUAAUGGGCGGGUAUGAAUUUGGCAUGGAAGUAGGGCCUCAAGAACCCAUCCUGGAAAUGAAACGCAGAAUCCAAAACCUUCUUGGAGUGCCAAUGGCCUCGCAAAGCCUCUCCGUUUUCGGGUGGGAAUUAAUCGACGGACUCGACAUGGAAGAUUAUCCCAUCAUCUCCGACGCCACAAAGAUCGAUCUUUCCAUCCAAUCAACCCACCCUUUAGAUCAUCAUCAUCAUCAACAACAACAACCUAGUAACAGUACUAAUAAAUUCCACAUCACUGUCAAAUUCUCAGCAAGAAAAAUAAACAUGGAAGUGGACGCCACCGACACCGUCCGGAGCCUGAAGGAGAAAAUCCACAUAAUCGACGGCACGCCGAUAAAGAGGAUGGCGCUGUUCUUCUCCGGCAACGAGCUCGAGGAAGAGCACCAGAGCCUGAGCCAGUGCGGCAUCCGCGAAUUCUCACAAGUUAUCGUGUAUUUAAAGACAAUGUCCCGCGCCAUGGCCGACCCUCCUUCCAGGAAGAUAAGCUUCCUCGUACAGACCUCUUCCAGCUUGCUUAAUGCCGCCAGCAUCCCGGUGGAGAUGAGCGAUUUAACCACGGUUAACGACUUAAUCCAAUCCUUAAUCACCCGAAAAUUACUCCCCCAAGAUGAUUACAUCUUCAUUCAUAAGCAGAGGAUCAUGAGAGAAAGCUGCAGCCUUCGUUGGCAUGGCGUUGAGAAUGGCGAGUGUCUCUAUGUUUUCAAAGGAACUGUUAGCAGUGGAUGAUUUUAAUUAUUGAGGCUGUCA